AUGCAUCCAAAGGAAGUUUUGCAAGGUUAUGUGUUGCAAAGGGGAGUUGUAUCUAUCGCUAUCGCGACACAAGCAAACUUUGAACAAAAUAACCAUAUAUUGAUACAUGCAAAAGUGGCAACAAUGUGCAUUCCAUCAUUCCUCCUUUUGGCAGUUUUAGUAGUUCAA